GUCAGUACAGUCACAAGUAUAUUGUAUGCAGCAGAGAAGAGCUUAACAGCCAGCCUCCUUCCACAUUCUGCUCUCAGGAAAUAAGCAAGGGGAGGAUCCAGAGGUGUCAUUUGACACUGACGACGCAGUACUUAUUUCCUAUGCAAAAGAGCCCAGGCAGGAAGACAAACCUAAAUAAGAAGCUAACUUCUGUAAGAAGCUGUGAAGAGUGAUGCUGGCAGCUGCGUUUGCAGACUCUAACUCCAGCAGCAUGAAUGUGUCCUUUGCUCAUCUCCACUUUGCCGGAGGGUACAUGCCCUCUGAUUCCCAGGACUGGAGAACCAUCAUCCCGGCUCUCUUGGUGGCUGUCUGCCUGGUGGGCUUCGUGGGAAACCUGUGUGUGAUUGGCAUCCUCCUUCACAAUGCUUGGAAAGGAAAGCCAUCCAUGAUCCACUCCCUGAUUCUGAAUCUCAGCCUGGCUGAUCUCUCUCUCCUGCUGUUUUCUGCACCUGUCCGAGCUACAGCAUACUCCAGAAGUGUUUGGGAUCUAGGCUGGUUUGUCUGCAAGUCCUCUGACUGGUUUAUCCACACAUGCAUGGCAGCCAAGAGCCUGACAAUCGUUGUGGUGGCCAAAAUAUGCUUCAUGUAUGCAAGUGACCCGGCCAAGCAAGUGAGUAUCCAUAACUACACCAUCUGGUCCGUGCUGGUGGCCAUCUGGACUGUGGCCAGCCUGUUACCCCUGCCAGAAUGGUUCUUUAGCACCAUCAGGCAUCAUGAAGGUGUGGAAAUGUGCCUCGUGGAUGUACCAGCUGUGGCUGAAGAGUUUAUGUCAAUGUUUGGUAAGCUCUACCCACUCCUGGCAUUUGGCCUUCCAUUACUUUUUGCAAGCUUUUAUUUCUGGAGAGCUUAUGACCAAUGUAAAAAACGAGGAACUAAGACUCAAAAUCUUAGAAACCAGAUACGCUCAAAGCAAGUCACAGUGAUGCUGCUGAGCAUCGCCAUCACCUCUGCUCUCCUGUGGCUCCCCGAGUGGGUAGCUUGGCUGUGGGUAUGGCAUCUGAAGGCUGCAGGCCCGGCCCCACCACAAGGGUUCAUAGCCCUGUCUCAAGUCCUGAUGUUUUCCAUCUCUUCAGCAAAUCCUCUUAUUUUUCUUGUGAUGUCAGAGGAGUUCAGGGAAGGCUUGAAAGGUGUAUGGAAAUGGAUGAUAACCAAAAAACCUCCAGCUAUCUCAGAGUCGCAGGACAUACCAGCUGGCAACUCAGAGGGUCUUCCUGACAAGGUUCCAUCUCCAGAAUCCCCAGCAUCCAUACCAGAAAAAGAGAAACCCAGCUCUCCUUCCUCUGGCAAAGGGAAAACUGAGAAGGCAGAGAUUCCCGUCCUUCCUGAUGUAGAGCAGUUUUGGCAUGAGAGGGACACAGUCCCUUCUGUACAGGACAAUGACCCUAUCCCCUGGGAACAUGAAGAUCAAGAGACAGGGGAAGGUGUUAAAUAGAUUUAAGUUUCAAAGCAAAACAAAUUGUGAUUA